GUGCGGGACUGUGGGGGUCUGUGGGACUGUGCGGGUCUGUGCGGGUCUGCUGUUGAACUCUUCAUGCUGAACCCGGCAGUGACUCGCGGAGCAGCGCGCGCUGAUCGUUGACUGUAACAUUUGGAGCUGCUGCGAUGUGGAGGAACAAACUCUGAACUGUGUCACCGAGAGGAGGACGCUGCUCCCCGCGGCUCUCUCCGGGUCUACCUGGUCUACCUGUCGGGUCUACCUGGUCGACCUGGUCUACCUGUCGGGUCUACCUGUCGGGUCUACCUGUGUCUCUGUGUGUGUGGAGCCUGAACCGGCCGCAGGAUGUCGGACUCUGCCUCCUCUUUCCUUCAUAUCGGAGACAUCGUGUCUCUGUACGCCGAAGGAACCGUGAACGGCUUCAUCAGCACGCUGGGGUUGGUAGAUGACCGCUGUGUGGUCGAACCCGCUGCUGGAGAUUUGGAAAAUCCUCCAAAGAAGUUCAGAGACUGCCUGUUCAAGGUGUGUCCGAUGAGCCGGUACUCGGCUCAGAAACAGUUCUGGAAAGCCAAACAAGCCAAACAUGAGAAAGACAAGAUCGCUGACGUGGUUCUGCUGCAGAAACUGCAGCACGCGUCCAACCUGGAGCAGAAACAGAACGAGACGGAAAACAAGAAGGUCCACGGAGACAUCGUCAAAUAUGGAACGGUCAUCCAGCUGCUCCACAUGAAGAGUAAUAAGUACCUGACGGUGAACAAACGUCUGCCGGCUCUGCUGGAGAAGAACGCCAUGCGGGUCACUCUGGACGGGACGGGGAACGAAGGCUCGUGGCUCUUCAUCCAGCCGUUCUGGAAGCUCCGCGCCAACGGAGACAAUGUGGUUGUGGGAGAUAAAGUGAUCAUGAACCCGGUGAACGCCGGUCAGCCGCUUCACGCUUCAAACUACGAGCUGACCGACCAUCCAGGCUGCAAAGAGGUGAACUCUGUGAACUGCAACACGAGCUGGAAGAUCAACCUGUUCAUGAUGUUCAGUGACCACCGAGAGGAAGUCCUCAAAGGAGGCGACGUGGUGCGUUUGUUUCACGCCGAGCAGGAAAAGUUUCUGACCUGCGACGAGUACAAGAGCAAACUGCACGUCUUCCUCCGGACGACGCUGAGGCAGUCGGCGACCUCUGCAACCAGCUCCAACGCCCUGUGGGAGGUCGAGGUUGUCCAUCAUGACCCGUGUCGCGGGGGGGCGGGACACUGGAACAGUCUCUACCGCUUCAAACACCUGGCCACCGGCAACUACCUGGCUGCUGAGGAGAAUCCCGGAUACAAAGGAGACAAUUCGGAGCAGUCGUCCUCGAUGGACGGCAGUCACAUUAAAAAGCGUUCCCACGGCGAGAGGAUCAAGUACAAGCUGGUUGCAGUGGCUCAUGGGAACGACAUCGCAUCGCUGUUCGAGCUCGACCCGACCACGCUGCAGAAGACCGACUCAUUCGUACCGCGAAACUCGUACGUCCGGCUGAGACAUCUGUGCACCAACACCUGGAUCCAGAGCACCAACGUCCCCAUCGACAUCGACGAGGAGAGGCCGAUCAGACUGAUGUUGGGAACGUGUCCCACUAAAGAGGAUAAGGAGGCGUUCGCCAUCGUCUCGGUUCCUGUGAUGGAGAUCAGAGAUCUGGACUUUGCCAACGAUGCCAGCGCCAUGCUGAGCACUGUGGUGGACCAGUUCAAUCAAGGCUUCAUCAGCCAGAACGACCGCCGGUUUGCCAUCAAGCUGCUGGAGGAUGUGGUUUUCUUCGUGGCUGAUGCCGUCAACAGCGGUCAGCCAGUCCUGGACGUAGUCAUGACCAAAGCCAACCGAGAAAGACAGAAACUGAUGAGAGAACAGAACAUCCUCAAACAGAUCUUUGGUAUCCUGAAGGCGCCCUUUAAGGACCGGGGUGGAGGCGAGGGACCUCUGCUGUGUCUGGAGGAGCUGGCGGACCAGAAGAACUCCCCUUACCAGUACAUGUUCAGACUCUGCUACAGAGUCCUCCGACACUCCCAGGAGGACUACCGCAAGAACCAGGAGCACAUAGCGAAGCAGUUCGGCGUGAUGCAGAGUCAGAUCGGUUAUGACAUCCUGGCUGAGGACACCAUCACCGCUCUGCUGCACAACAACCGGAAACUGCUGGAGAAACACAUCACCAAGACCGAGGUGGAGACCUUCGUCAGCCUGGUCCGCAAGAACCGAGAACCCAGGUUUCUGGACUACCUGUCAGACCUGUGUGUGUCCAACACUGUGGCCAUUCCCGUCACUCAGGAGCUCAUCUGUAAAUGUGUGCUGGACCCCAAAAAUCAGGACAUCCUCAUCAAGACAGAACGUCGUGUCCCCAAAGAGCCGCCCACAGGUGGCGCUCCUGGAGAAUACAUGCCGAUGGACGACUAUGGAGACGACGACGAGGUGUGGCUCGUAUGGACAGAUAAGGCCAAUGACAAACAGGAGAAGAGUAUCAGACAGCUGGCUCAGGAGGCGAGACAAGGAAACGCUCACGAUGAGAACGUCCUCACCUACUACCGGUACCAGCUCAAGCUCUUUGCCCGGAUGUGUCUGGACCGACAGUAUCUCGCCAUAGACGAAAUCUCCAAGCAGCUGGACAUAGAGCUCAUCUUCCUGUGCAUGAUGGAUGAGACACUGCCCUUUGACCUCCGGGCCUCCUUCUGUCGCCUCAUGCUUCACGCCCAUGUAGACCGGGACCCUCAGGAGCUGGUGACACCUGUCAAGUUCGCUCGCCUCUGGACCGAGAUACCUACCUCCAUCACCAUCAAAGAUUAUGACUCCAACAUGGACGACAGCAGAGACAACAAGAAGAACCGUUUCUCCAACACAAUGGCGUUCAUGGAGGAGUAUCUCAACAACGUCCUGAACGACGAGAUGCCGUUCCACAAUGAGGAGAAAAACAAACUCACAUACGAAGUGGUGAGUCUGGCCCGACAUUUGAUCUACUUUGGUUUCUACAGUUUCAUUGAGCUGCUCAGACUCACCAGAACUCUGUUAGGCAUCAUCGACUGUAGACCCAAUCCUGCCUAUGGCGGGGUGUUACACCACGAUGACGCAGCAGGGAAGAACGUGAAGCGCUCCAUACACGGGAUGGGUCAGAUGAUGUCCACCAUGGUCCUCAACAGAAAGCCUUCUUUAUUUGGAGGUGCAGGAGCCAGAGGACCGGGGCUGGUGCCGGGACUUGAAGGACAGAGAGGUGGCAAAGAUAGUAUCGAGAAGAUGGACCUGACAGUGAUGGACACCAAGCUGAAGAUACUGGAGAUACUACAGUUCAUCCUAAACGUUCGUCUCGACUACCGCCUCUCCUUCCUGCUGUCUGUGUUUAAGAAGGAGUUUGUGGACGUUUAUCCAAUGGCCGAUGCUGACGCCACCACGAGCAUGGAGCACGCAGACGUCCCAGUCGACAUGGAAACAGCCACCAUCAACCUGCAGCACAUCGGAGAGCAGGCCGAGGCCAUGUUUGGAGUCGGUAAGGGUAACAGUAUCUUAGAGGUGGACGAGGAAGGCGGUCGGAUGUUCCUGCGGGUGCUGACCCACCUCACCAUGCACGACUACCCUCCUCUGGUGUCUGGAGCCCUGCAGCUGCUUUUCAGACACUUCAGCCAGAGACAGGAAGUGCUGCACACCUUCAAACAGGUCCAGUUGCUGAUCUCGGCUCAGGAUGUAGAGAACUACAAGCUGAUCAAGGCGGAUCUGGAUCGACUCCGCACAUUGGUGGAGAAAUCUGAACUGUGGGUGGAGAAGAAGAACUCAGGUGGAGGGGACGGGAAGAAAGACAAGAAAGACAAGAAGGAGAAAGGAGAGGCGGCAACAGAGGAAGCGACGCCCAAGAAGGAGAAACUGGGGGGCAACGAGAACUACCAGAGAGUCAAAGAGAUCCUGGAGAGGUUGAAUAAGAUGUGCAGCAGCGGAGUUUGGAAGAAGCAGCAGAGGUUGUUGAAGAACAUGGGAGCUCAUAAAGUCAUGCUGGACCUGCUGCAGGUGUCCUAUGACAAGAACGAUGUGAAGAUGCAUGAGAUCAUCAAGUACACUCAUCUGUUCCUCCAGAAGUUCUGUAUGGGGAACCAGGAGAACCAAGCUCUGCUGCACAAGAACCUCAGUCUGUUCCUCAACCCCGGGCUGCUGGAGGCCGAGACCGUGCAGCACAUCUUCAGUAACAACUACCAGCUGUGCAGUGAGAUCUCCGAGAGCGUCCUGCAGCACUUCAUCCACUGCCUGGCCACGCACGGCCGCCACGUCCAGUACCUCAACUUCCUCCACACCAUCAUCAAGGCUGAGGGGAAGUACGUGAAGAAGUGUCAGGACAUGAUCAUGACCGAGUUAACGAACGCAGGCGAGGACGUCGUCGUCUUCUACAACGACAAAGCCUCCUUCAACGUCAUGCUGGAGUUAAUGACGGAGAGCAGGGAGGGGGUCAGCGAGAACAGCCCACUCAGGUAUCACAUCUCUCUGGUGGAGCUGUUAGCCGCCUGCGCCGAGGGGAAGAACGUUUACACCGAGAUCAAAUGUACGUCGCUGCUGCCGCUGGAGGACGUCGUCCGAGUGGUGACGCACGAGGACUGCAUCACCGAGGUGAAGGUGGCCUACGUGAACUUUGUGAAUCACUGUUACGUGGACACGGAGGUGGAGAUGAAGGAGAUCUACACGUCCAAUCACAUCUGGAAGCUGUUUGAAGACUUCACAGUCGACAUGGCCAGGGUUUGUAACAAACGAGAGAAGCGUCUCUCUGAUCCCAUCCUGGAGAAAUACAUCAUCAACGUGGUCUUCGACACCAUCCACGCCUUCUUCAGCUCCCCGUUCUCUGAGAACAGCACCUCUCUGCAGACUCAUUACACCAUCGUGACUCAGCUGCUUCAGUCCUCCGUCAGACUGCUGGACUGUCCCUGGCUGCAGCAGCAGCACCGAGGACAGGUGGAGACCUGCAUCAAGACCCUCGCCAUGACAGCGAAGAGUCGUUCCAUCUCGAUUCCUCUGGACCUGGAGGCUCAGAUCAGCUCCAUGUUGUCCACUUCUGCUCUCAACUCUCUGUCCCGGUCUAACCCGAACUACAAGUCCUCGUCCCGGUCCACCAGACCCAUUGCUCCCAGCAACCCCUGGGACUACAAGAACAUCAUCGAGAAACUGCAGGACAUCAUCAACACUCUGGAGGAGCGCCUGAUGCCGCUGGUGAACGCCGAGCUCUCGGUGUUGGUGGAUGUCCUCCAUCAGCCGGAGCUGCUGUUUCUGGAGGGAACGGACGCCCGACAGCGCUGCGAGUCCGGAGGAUUCAUCUCCAAGCUGAUUCAACACACGAAGGCUCUGAUGUCUUCAGAGGAGAAGCUGUGCAUCAAAGUCCUGACGACUCUGCAGAAGAUGCUGAUCAGGCAGCUGGACUUUGAUGAAAAGGGGAUCUCCUUGCGGAAGGUUUUGCUGCAGAACUACUUGUUUCCGAACAAGAAGAACAACCUGAAGAACGACCUCGAGCUCGGAGCUGCAGGUGAGCAGGAGCGAGACUGGGCGGCAGUGGCGGCGAUUCAGUGUCGUCUGGACCGAGAAGGAGGAACGAAGCUGUUCACUGAUCUGGUGAUGAGCACCAAGAACGACAAGAUCUUCCUGGAGAGCAUCCUGCUGGCCAUCUCUCUGCUGGAGGGAGGAAACACUGAGAUACAGAACUCCUUCUACAAACUGAUGAUGGGCGACAACAAGUCCGAGAAGUUCUUCAAGGUUCUCCAUGACCGGAUGAAAGAAGCCCAGAUGGACAUCAAAGCUACGGUCUCGGUGAACGUUGGAGAGAUGACGCACAAGGCCAACGAGAAGGAGCUGGACGGCGGUGAGACUUAGUUCAGUUACAAGUUUGUCCGUGAAGAGAUGAACACUUGUUAUUUUGUAAACGUUGCUCUACAACAUCAGCCCUUCCUGGUACAGGCGGGAACCCGUUCCAGGGUCAGUCCAUCGCUGGUGAACAGCGGCAUGCCGGCACAGCUGGCGGCAGAGCAGAAGGAGGUGGAGAUGGAGAUGGGACCGGCCGUCACCAUCAUGAAGCCCAUCCUGAGGUUCCUGCAGCUGCUCUGUGAGAACCACAACCAGGACCUCCAGAACUUCCUGCGUAAUCAGAACAACAAGACCAACUACAACCUCGUGUGUGAGACGCUUCAGUUCCUGGACAUCAUGUGUGGAAGCACCACCGGAGGGCUGGGCCUGCUGGGCCUCUACAUCAACGAAUCAAACGUCCACCUGAUCACCCAGACCCUGGAGACGCUCACCGAGUACUGCCAGGGUCCAUGUCAGGAGAACCAGACAUGUAUAGUGACCCAUGAGUCUAACGGCAUCGACAUCAUCACGGCUCUGAUCCUGAACGACAUCAGUCCUCUGUGCCGGUACCGGAUGGAGAUGGUGCUGGAGCUGAAGGACAACGCCUCCAAGCUGCUGUUGGCUCUGAUGGAGAGUCGUCAUGACAACGAGAACGCAGAGAGGAUCCUGUUCAACCUCCGACCACGAGAGCUGGUGGAGGUGAUAAAGAAGGCGUACCAUCAGGACACGGAGUGUGAGGGUUUGGAGAUUUCUCCUCGUGAGGUCGGACACAACAUCUACAUCCUGGCUCAGCAGCUCGCCCGACACAACAAACUCCUGCAGAACCUCCUGAAACCGCCAAAGAACAGCAAAGAGGGCGAGGAGGGGAUCUCCUCCAUGUUGAACCUGAACAAUCGUCCUCUGUCCCAGAUGUUGAAGUCUUCAGCUCCAGCUGCUGUCGUGGAACAAGAUCCGCUGGAGUACUACGACCAGCUGACCUCACAGAUAGAGAUUGUCCGUGAGGACCGCAUCAUGGAGCAGAUCGUGUUCCCGGUUCAUCCCAUCUGUGAGUUUCUGACGGAGGAGUCGAAGUUCCGAGUGUUCAACACCACGGAGCAGGACGAGCAGGGGUCGAAGGUCACGCACUUCUUUGAGCAGACCUCCUUCCUGCACGGAGAGAUGGAGUGGCAGAAGAAGCUGAGGAGCAUGCCGGUGCUGUACUGGUUCUCCAAGCGGAUGUCUCUGUGGGGAACCAUCUCCUUCAACCUCGCCGUCUUCAUCAACCUCAUCAUCGCCUUCUUCUACCCCUACGACUCAGGACAAGUCGGCGCCAUCGAUGACUCGCUCCUGUUGAUGCUGUUCUGGAUCCUGAUUGGUCUGUCCGUGCUGUCCCUGUUGUCUCAGCGUUACGGCCUCCAGCCUCUGACGCUCGCUCUCAUCCUGCGCUCCAUCUACCACCUCGGCAUCGGCAACACGCUCAUCCUGCUGGGCUCGCUCAACCUGAUCAAUAAGGUGGUGUUUGUGGUGAGCUUCGUGGGGAACAACGGGACGUUUAUUAUGGGCUACAAAGCCAUGGUGAUGGAUGUGGAGUUCAUCUACCACCUGGCGUACGUCCUGACCUCCACGCUGGGCCUGUUCGUCCACGAGCUCUUCUACAGCAUCCUGCUGUUCGACCUGAUCUAUCGUGAGGAGACUCUGUUCAACGUGAUAAAGAGCGUCACCCGGAACGGUCGCUCCAUCCUGCUGACGGCGCUGCUCGCUCUCAUCCUCGUCUACCUCUUCUCCAUCGUCGGCUUCCUCUGCCUGAAGGAGGACUUCAUCAUGGAGGUCGACCCGCUGGCCCGGAUCGCUGCAGCUCCUCAGCAGAGUGAAGCUCUGCAGGACUUCAUGAAGUCGUGUUCUUCAGACGGAGUCAGCUGCACCGCCGAGACCAGCACCACUGAAGUGGAAGAGGAGCCUGAAACAGAGCGAGCGUGCGACACUCUGCUGAUGUGCAUCGUCACCGUGAUGAAUCACGGCCUGAGGAACGGAGGAGGAGUCGGAGACGUUCUCCGCAAACCAUCCAAGAAUGAGCCGUUGUUUCCGGCCCGGGUCGUGUACGAUCUGUUGUUUUACUUCAUCGUCAUCAUCAUCGUCCUCAACCUGAUCUUCGGCGUCAUCAUCGACACGUUUGCCGACCUGAGGAGCGAGAAGCAGAAGAAGGAGGAGAUCCUGAAGACCACGUGUUUCAUCUGCGGUCUGGAGAGAGACAAGUUCGACAAUAAGACGGUGUCCUUCGAAGAGCACAUCAAACUGGAGCACAACAUCUGGAACUACCUGUACUUCAUCGUUCUGGUGCGUGAGAAGAACAAGACGGACUACACCGGGCCAGAGAGCUACGUCGCUCACAUGAUCAAGAACAACAACCUGGACUGGUUUCCACGGAUGCAGGCGAUGUCUCUGGUGGUGACCGACGGCGACGGGGAGCAGAACGAGAUGAGGAUCCUACAGGACAAACUGGGAUCGACGAUGAAGGUGGUGAUGACGCUGACCAAUCAGCUGACAGAGCUGAAGGAGCAGAUGACGGAGCAGAGGAAGAGGAGGCAGAGGAUGGGCUUUGCUGACGUCCAGGCCGGAGCGUCCGCCGCGCUGCCUCCGUCCGCCGCAGGAGGAAACCACCAGAUCUACAAAACAUGAAGAGACCGUUCACAGUCUGUGGACCAGAUGACUGAUGGGAAAUGUAGUCUUUAAAAACACUAGAACAGGAAACAUCAAGUGUCACUAAAAACACAAGAAAUGCUUGUUAGCAACAUUACUGCAUACAAAUAAGAGACACGAUAGCGCCUGAGCUAAGUUUACUUUGGUUCAUCUUAAUAUUUGCUGUUAAGCACAAAGACCUGUGUGUGUGUGUGUGUGUGUGUGUGUGUGUGUGUGUGUGUGUGUGCCUGUGUGUGUGUUUGCGUCUGAGCUGAAAAUGACAAAUAUUCGACAUUAGAGAUAAAACAGUAACAACAUUUUAUGUUAUGCUAACAUUAGCUUUCAGUGCUAGUCAACGCCUUUAGUAGAAGCUAAUGUUAGCAGCGGACAGACUGACAGAUCACAGGCCGAGUUUGGACCAUUAUGGUCCAGAUUCUGGUCCCUAGUCCAUCAGAACCGGAUCCACAGAACAGAUGAUGAACUGAGCGUGCCCACUGUUCAUACUGAUUAUUCUGACAUCCUGCAGGAAGUUCAGCACGCUCCUCCCUCAGUUUUGGUCACAUAAACAAAAAAUGUAUCAAAUCGACCGGCUCGGUCAGGAAUGAUGUGCUGAGACUUUUCUCAGAGUUUCACCAAACGCUUUCCCCAAAAAUCACCAAAAACCACGACAAAGUUUACAAUGGGUGUGUAUUGGUAGAAUGUGCCAGAGCUAGAGUGGAGAGGGAGAGAAACAUUUGUCUAAAAAUACAUUCGCAAACGGCUCUCAUGGCCACAAAUGUCACUCUACAGAAAUAAUUCCUACAUAGAAACGUAGGAAAAUUCGUGGGCUACGCAGCGAUAUCACUGCUGAAGCUGUCAGACUUAUAGUUUUGGCGGGAGACGCACUGAUG